GCUCAGUACUGAGGGAUGGUGCAGCCUACACGAUCCGUUUCCACCUCUUCAGGUGCAGUAAAGAAUCAUGAGUGAAGGCGCCUCGCCUCCACCUUUGAUCAAGAAGGAGAGAGGAGGAGGAGGCAGCCCCCCAGUCCUGCUCAGCCCCCUCACCCCGGUCCGAGUCCAGGAGGAGCUGUGCAAACUGCCAGGCAUGCUCAGGAUCACCCCCUCACUGUGGGGCAAAGACGAUGUGAGUCACUGGCUGCGGUGGGCUGAGAAGGAGUACUCUCUGCGCAGGACAGAGCAGGGCAAGUUCGAGAUGAACGGCAAGGCGCUGUGCCUGCUCACCAAGGAGGACUUCCGGCUCCGCUCCCCCGGCUCAGGUUCCCAGGGUGCAGUACCCUCUAGCCUCUCCUACGGGAAAGUGUCCAGCAGCCCAGCUGGCUCUCACACCAGCUCCAUGGCUUUGGCCAUGAUGCGAAGGUCCACCUCCAGCACUGACCACAACCUGGACCCCCGGGACCGGACCUCGGCUCUGCUCGCCUUUACCGGACUCUCAGACAUGCCACGGAUGGGCUCGCAGCCAGUGUCAGAGGCUCAGCUGUGUGCACCCACAGGCAGGUACCACCCCCUCGUUAUCACCUGCACCACUCAGACCCACCAAGCCACGCCCACAGCGACACACUGCAGGGAGGAGCCUCUCAACCUCUCCCACCGUGGGGACGCACUCCCCGCCCUCCAGCCCGCGCAAGCCAAUGGCAAGAUCGCAGACUGUCGUCUGCUGUGGGACUACGUGUACCAGCUCCUGGCAGACAGCCGCUAUGAACCUUUCAUCCGCUGGGAGGACCGCGAGACCAAGGUGUUCCGCGUGAUGGACCCCAACGGGCUGGCCCGACUCUGGGGGAACCACAAGAACAGGGCUAACAUGACUUAUGAGAAGAUGUCCCGUGCGCUUCGGCAUUACUACAAACUCAACAUCAUCAAGAAGGAGCCCGGACAGAAGCUGCUGUUCAGGUUUCUGAAGACCCCCAGCGAGAUCCUGCAGCACCGCGCUGAGCGUCUGGAUCAGGACUCACCGGAUUACAGGGAGGAGGUGCUGGAGCUCUCCCCCUGAGCCCGUCCCAGGACGCACUGCUGACCCCCAACAACCAAUACCCCUCAACCCCCCAACCCCCAAACCCCAACCCCAUCCUCCAUUUGGAGCUGAACUAGCCUGCUGAGGAGAGAGUAUGAGAGCAGUGUUUGGUGAUUGUUUUGCACUGUAUUGACUUUUAAAUGGGCGGUUUUAAACAAGGGCAGGUAAAGUAAUUUGAAACCUGGGAAAUGAAAUUGUGACCUCAAGGAAACCGACAAAUUGCGAUUGUUAUAUUAGGUAGAACACUGCCCCUUGUGGACACUGUGGUACUGCACCUGAGACUGCAGCGAGACCUCAGAGUCACGCAGAGUGUAAGAGUGGACCACUGGAAAACCUCUUGCUACCUCCCUCAGGGAAGAGGUUAAGCACACUACUUUUGUCACUGUAGCUGUCAUGUAUGUAGCUUCAGGUGUUUUUUUAAAUGUUUUUCCUUUGCUUCAAUAUAAUGCAACAGAGUUUAAAGAUGAUUUUUUUUGUUUGUUUUAUUGUUAUAUUAUUGUGAUGAUUGUUUCAGGAAAUGCACGGAGUGUUUAUUUGUAAAUAUUUUGGUUUUCAACCGGAGCCUGCCAGUUGUAAUAAAGUGUGUUUCAGUA